CAUGCUGGAGAUAUUCUAUGAAUGUAAUGAGUGCAGUAAAGCCUUUGCACUUCACAGGACUCAUCAAGUGCAUAAAAUAUCACACAGUGAAGAUAAACUCUAUGAAUGUCAUCAGUAUGGUAAAGCAUUUGCAUGUAUGAAUAAUCUAAGUCAUGAGAAAAAUCAUACUGCAUAGAAACCGUUUGAAUGUAUUCAGUAUGAUAAAGUUUUGUACUUUAUAUAGGAAUAAAACUUUUUGUGUGCAACAAUCUGUUAAAAUCUUUGUAUAUUACAAUAGACAAUGACUACCUGAAAAAGAUACUGAGGACUUCUUAUUAUAAAGUAUUUGGUAAGAUCUUCAGUCAAAACACUUAAAAUCACCUACACAGUGAUUUGAGUUUCCCUUCUGUAUGCUGUGAAUAUAUUUUUUACCAUUGUUUAAUAAAGAAGCUGCUUUGGUCCUAUACCAGGGCAGAAUAGAGCAAGGCAGGAAUUCCAAGCAGAGAUAGAGGAGAAAAGAAAUUGGAGUCAGACUCCAUGUAUCUGCUGAAGAAAACAGAUGCCCUGGAACCUUACUGGUAAAUCACAAGUCUUGUGAUAAAAUACAAAAUAAUAGGAAUGGGGUAAUUUAAGAUGUCAGUAUUAGUUAAUAAGAAUCCUAAGCCAAUAGUCCAAGUCCUGUUAAUUAGUAUAGUUUCUGUGUGAUUAUUUUGAAUCUUUUCAGCCAGGAAUGAACAAGAAUCUUCUGCCUACAACACAAGACUAUUUGUUCUGUAGAAAUAAAUUUGACAGUGUUAACAAUCUUUUCUAGCAUUAUGAUGUCUUUUUUAUACUAUUUGUACUUACAAACUCAUGGUAAAAUGAAUUUAUAAAUUUAUCAAGCCCUAUGUAUAGGGUAAAUGGGCCAGCCCAAGAAAGACAUCCUGACCCUGAAAGCAGAGCCAGUGAAAUAUAUAAGUUUGACUCUGAAACUAUAGCCAAAGAAAUACAUCCUGACUCUAAGACCAAGACAAAGAAACACUUUGUUCCUGAAUCCAGAGCCAAUAAAAGAAACACCUGACCCUGAAACCAGUCUCAAAAGGUUAUAAGGGGCCAGUGAAAGAACACACUUUGGCCCUGAAACAAGAUCCAAAAAUAAUUUUACCCUUGACCACCUGAGCACUAAACCAGCUAAUCCCUAAGCUUCAGAUCUACCAACACCUGAGCAUGAAAUCCAGCCAACCUCUGCUGUGUUCAAGGUCAGGGAUUGACAUCUAAACAAUUCCCACCCUGAGAAUCUUCUCCCUGGGAAAUCUCUGCCCCUAAGCAUUCCUGUAUAAGUUCUUUACGUGUUCAGUUGGCAUCUGCCCAUUUCUGCCCUGUCAGAGGCAGUCCUUCUCCUGAUUCUUCACUUCCAAAUAAAUUUCUUGAAUGAGUUUUGGGUGAAGACCUUUCUCUGGAGCGAUCAGAAACUUUGUAGUGUAUUUGAACAGAGAAGUUUUGGUCACCUCUGCUGGCAAACCCCUUAAAGGAGCAGAGCAGAAGUAGCAACUCUUCACCAGAGACUGCAACAUUUCUGCAACAGUUUCCCAUCAACUCCAGUGAAGCUGCGAAGAAACAAAUUGGGCUGAAGCUGAGAAAAAAAUUGACAUCGCUUUUAGGAAACUCCCUAAUCACAUGGAACAGAGAAGCAACUGGACAACUCUGCUAGGAAACUCUCUUAGGGAAGUGGAACGGAACAGCAAUGGAUGUCUCUGCUUUGAAGCUCUCUUAGCAGAGUGAAGCAUGUCCCAGCUGUGAUGGCUUUAUUUUAUAGGAGUAUAAGCCAGUCCUGGACCAUGGUGCUGAGUCCCAUCUACUCACUUGAUCCCGUCACUCAGACCUCAUCAGCCAAUCAGAGCCUCCAACAGACCUGCCAGUCAGAUGGGAGGGCUCUUCCCUGAACCGACUUCCUUUUCAGUUCAGCUCCCUCAAGCACUGUGUCUGGAGCUCUUCUGUGGGCAGAGAGUCUGUCAGGUCGACGGCUGCACCAUGAAUGCAGUGACCUAUGAUGACGUGCAUGUUGACUUCACUUGGGAAGAAUGGACUUUGCUGAAUCCUUCCCAGAAGAGUCUUUACAAAGAUGUGAUGGUAGAGACCUACAGAAACCUCACUACUAUAGGAUAUAAUUGGGAAGACUAUAAUAUUGAAGAACAUUGUCAAAGUUCUAGAAGACAUGAAAGGCAUGAAAACCCACACACUAUAUUGAAACCCUAUGAAGAAAAUAAGUAUGGGAAAACUUUUUCAUAUCACAGUCAUCUUCAGAUGCAUAAAAGAUCAUACACUGGAGAGAAACACUAUGAAUAUAAUAAGUGUUGUAAAACCUGUGCAUGUCACCAUACUCUUCAAAUGCAUAAAAGAACACAUACUGGAGAGAAGCCGUAUGAAUAUAAUCAAUGUGGUAAAGCCUUUGCAUUUCACAGUAUUCUUCAAAAACAUAAAAGAUUACGCACUGGAGAUAAGCCCUGUAAAUGUAAUCAGUGUGGUAAAGUCUUCGCACAACACAUUCAUCUUCAAAUUCAUGAACGAACCCAUACUGGAGAGAAACCCUAUGAAUGUAAUCAGUGUGGUAAAGCCUUCACACGGAAAGGCCAUCUUAAAACUCAUUUAAGAACCCAUACUGGGGAGAAACCCUAUAAAUGUAAUCAGUGUGGUAAAGCCUUCGCACGGCAAGACCAUCUUCAAUCUCAUGAAAGAAGCCAUUCUGGAGAGAAACCGUAUGAAUGUAAUCACUGUGGUAAAGCCUUUGCAUGUCACAAUUAUCUCCGAAAGCAUAAAAGAAGCCAUACUGGAGAGAAACCCUAUGAAUGCAAUCAGUGUGGUAAAGCUUUCACAUAUUCCCAUAAUCUCCAAACUCAUGAAAGAACCCAUACUGGUGAGAAACCCUAUGAAUGCAAUCAGUGUGGUAAAGCCUUCGCACGGCAAGACAAUCUUCAAAGUCAUGAAAGAAGCCAUACUGGAGAGAAACCUUAUGAAUGUAAUCAGUGUGGUAGAGCCUUUGCAUGUUUCAGUACUCUCCGAAAGCAUAAAAGAACCCAUACUGGAGAGAAACCCUAUGAAUGUAAUCAGUGUCGUAAAGCUUUCGCAAGAUCCCGUAGUCUCCAAGAUCAUGAAAGAACCCAUACUGGAGAGAAACUCUAUGAAUGUAAUCAGUGUGGCAAAGCCUUUGCAUAUCCCAGUACUCUCCGAAAGCAUAAAAGAACCCAUACUGGAGAGAAACCCUAUGUAUGUAAUCGAUGUGGCAAAGCCUUUGUAGAUCAAAGUAAUCUCCAAAGACAUAAACGAACCCAUACUAUAAAGAAACCCUAUGAAUGUAAUCAGUGUGGUGAAGCCUUUGCAAAGCACAUUCAUCUACAACGUCGUGAAAGUAGCCAUAUUGGAGACCAAACCCUUUAAAUGUAAUCAGUGUGGUAAAGCCUUUGUCACAUUAGUCUCCAUACACAUGAAAGAACAGAUACUGGAGAGAAACCCUAUGAAUAUAAUCAAUGUGGUAAAACCUUUGUAUGUACAGUGAUCUCUGAAAACAUAAGAGAACCCAUACUGGAUAGAAACAUUACGUAUGUAAUUAUUGUGCUAAAGGCUUUAAAAACAUGAACUAACACAUGUUGGAGAUACUCUAUGAAUGUAAUGAGUGUGGUAAAGCCGUUGCACUUGACAAGUAUCUUCAAGUGCAUAAAAGAUCACACAGUGAAGAUAAACUCUAUGAAUGUCAUCAGUAUGGUAAAGCAUUUGCAUGUAUGUAUAAUGUGAGUCAUGAGAAAAAUAUUGCAUAGAAACCCUUUGAAUGUAUUCAGUGUGAAUAUAAAGUUUUGUACUUUAUAUAGGAAUAAAACUUUUUGUGUGCAACAAUCUUUUAAAAUCUUUGUAUAUUACAAUAGACAUUGGCUAGCUGAAAAAGAUACUGAGGACUUCUUAUUAUAAAGUAUUUGGUAAGAUCUUCAGUCAAAACACUUAUAAUCACCUACACAGUGAUUUGAGUUUCCCUUCUGUAUGCUGUGAAUAUAUUUUGUUACCAUUGUUUAUUAAAGAAGCUGCUUUGGUCCUAUAGCAGGGCAGAAUAGAGCAAGGCAGGAAUUCCAAGCCGAGAUAGAGGAGAAAAAAAAAGUGGAGUCAGACUCCAUGUAUCUGCUGAAGGAAGGCAGAUGCCCUGGAAACUUACUGGUAAAUCACAAGUCUUGUGAUAAAAUACAAAAUAAUAGGAAUGGGGUAAUUUAAGAUGUCAGUAUUAGUUAAUAAGAAUCCUAAGCCAAUAGUCCAAGCACUGUUAAUUACUAUAGUUUCUGUGUGAUUAUUUUGAGUCUGUACAGCCAGGAAUGAACAAGAUUCUUCUGCCUACAACACAAGACUAUUUGUUCCGUAGAAAUAAAUUUGACAGUGUUAACAAUCUUUUCUAGCAUUAUGAUGUCCUUUUUAUACUAUUUGUACUUAAAAACUCAUGUUAAAAUGAAUUUAUGGAUUUAUCAAGCCCUAUCUGUAGGGUAAGUGGGCCAGCCAAGAAAUACAUCCUGACCCUGAACCAGAGCCAGUUAAAUAUAUAAUUUUGACUCUGAAACUAUAGCCAGAGAAAUACAUUUUGACUCUAAGACCAAGACAAAGAAACACACUUAGUUCCUGAAUCCAGAAGCCAAUAAAAGAAACACCUGACCCUGAAACCAGUCUCAAAAGGUUAUAAGGGGCCAGUGAAAGAACACACUUUGGCCCUGAAACAAGAUCCAAAAAUAAUUUUACCCUUGACCACCUGAGCACUAAACCAGCUAAUCCCUAAGCUUCAGAUCUACCAACACCUGAGCAUGAAAUCCAGCCAACCUCUGCUGUGUUCAAGGUCAGGGAUUGACAUCUAAACAAUUCCCACCCUGAGAAUCUUCUCCCUGGGAAAUCUCUGCCCCUAAGCAUUCCUGUAUAAGUUCUUUACAUGUUCAGUUGGCAUCUGCCCAUUUCUGCCCUGGCCUAGGCAGUCCUUCUGAUUCUUCACUUCCAAAUAAAUUUCUUGAAUGAGUUUUGGGUGAAGACCUUUCUCUGGAGCGAUCAGAAACUUUGCAGUGUAUUUGAACAGAGAAGUUUUGGUCACCUCUGCUGGCAAACCCCUUAAAGGAGCAGAGCAGAAGUAGCAACUCUCCACCCGAGACUGCAACAUUUCUGCAACAGUUUCCCAUCAACUCCAGUGAAGCUGCGAAGUAACAAAUUGGGCUGAAGCUGAGAAAAAAAAAAAAUGACAUUGCUUUUAGGAAACUCCCUAAUCGGGUGGAACAGAGAAGCAACUGGACAACUCUGCUAGGAAACUCCCUUAGGGAAGUGGAACAGAACAGCAAUGGAUGUCUCUGCUUUGAAGCUCUCUUAGCAGAGUGAAGCAUGUCCCAGCUGUGAUGGCUUUAUUUUAUAGGGUAGCAGUAUUGCUACAUCUUUUAGGGGAAGAAUUCGGACUGGAACACAGCCUCAUGUAUAGCUGGACUUCGCAAUAGUCAUCAAUUGUCAGGGACCAUCAUUGAGAAGAAUACCACUUACCAGCUUGGGGGAAUGGGGAUUAGAAUGAAAAUAAUAAAACGGAAGCAUAGGAUAGUACCAGGAGGGAGUUCCAGUAAAUACUGUAAAUCUGCCUGUGUAUAGUUUUUCAUAUACUUUUUUUAAAAAAAGAUUUAUUCAUUCUGCAAACAGUAUUCUGCCUACAUGCAUGCCUGCAGGCCAGAAAAAGGCACCAGAUCUCAUUACAGAUGGAUGUAACCCACCAUGUGGUUGCUGGGAAUUGAACUCAGGACCUUCAGAUGAGCUGGUAGUGCUCUUAAUCACCGAGCCCUCUCUCCUGCCCCAAUACAUCAGGGGAAAGAACAAAAGACUGCUUUAACACAAUGCAAAAGACAACUAGAACAGUUACUUGCUUCAAUACUUUGAGCCAUCAAGUCCUCAAUCAUUGAGAAGAACAUUCUGUUAUUCAGGCAGUGAACCCUCCCUAGACCAAGUAUCCUAAAGGCAGUC